AUGGACCUAGAUCUAGCCAGUAUCUUAAAAGGUGAAAUUUCUAAGAAGAAGAAAGAGCUGGCCAACUCUAAAGGUGUUCAGCCACCAUGCACUGAGAAAUUCCAGCCACAUGAAUCCGCAAACAUAGACGAAACACCGCGACAGGUAGAACAAGAAAGUACAGAUGAAGAAAACCUGUCAGACAAUCAGAGUGACGAUAUUAGGACCACCAUUAGCAAAUUAGAAAAUCGGCCAGAAAGGAUACAAGAAGCGAUAGCUCAAGACAAAACCAUCUCUGUAAUCAUUGAUCCAUCACAAAUUGGUUCUACUGAAGGAAAACCUCUUUUGUCAAUGAAAUGUAAUUUAUAUAUUCACGAAAUAUUAUCUCGUUGGAAGGCGUCUUUGGAAGCUUAUCAUCCGGAGCUGUUCUUAGACACUAAAAAAGCACUCUUUCCACUCCUACUGCAACUACGAAGGAACCAGCUUGCCCCGGAUUUACUUAUUUCCCUUGCGACCGUUCUCUAUCAUUUACAACAACCUAAAGAAAUAAAUUUAGCCGUUCAGUCCUAUAUGAAACUCAGUAUCGGCAAUGUGGCCUGGCCUAUUGGUGUUACUAGCGUAGGCAUUCAUGCUCGUAGUGCACAUUCGAAAAUUCAAGGAGGCCGGAAUGCUGCUAACAUAAUGAUUGAUGAAAGAACGCGAUUAUGGAUUACCAGUAUUAAAAGAUUAAUAACUUUUGAAGAAUGGUAUACCAGCAACCACGAUAGCUUAGCCUAA